AGCCGCCGCGGGUGGUCCUCGCAGUCCGGGGCGCAGUGCCGAAGCCUCCCCGCCAGCCGAGAGUCUCCCGCCCGCAGGUCAUUCCAGAAAGAUGAGGAUAUAUAGUAUCUUUACAUUCAUGGCUUACUGUUGUUUGCUGAAAGCAUUUACUAUCACAGUUCCCAAGGACCUGUAUGUGGUAGAGUAUGGCAGCAAUGUGACAUUGGAAUGCAAAUUUCCAGUAGACAAACAAUUAAACCUGUUGGCAUUAGUUGUUUACUGGGAAAUGGAGGAUAAGAAAAUUAUUCAGUUUGUGAAUGGGGAGGAAGACCUGAAUGUUCAGCACAGUAGCUACAACCAGAGGGCCCUGCUGUUGAAGGACCAGCUCUCCUUGGGAAAGGCCGCACUUCAGAUAACAGAUGUGAAAUUGCAGGAUGCAGGGAUUUACUGCUGCUUGAUCAGCUAUGGCGGUGCUGACUACAAGCGGAUUACUUUGAAAGUCAAUGCUCCAUACCGCAAAAUCAACCAAACAAUUUCUGUGGAUCCGGUCACCUCUGAACAUGAACUAAUGUGUCAGGCUGAGGGUUACCCUGAGGCUGAAGUCAUCUGGACAAGCAGUGACCACCAAGUCCUGAGUGGUAAAACCACCAUCACCAGUUCCAAGAGGGAGGAGAAGCUUUUCAAUGUGACCAGCACACUAAGAAUCAACACAACAGCUAACGAGAUUUUCUACUGCAUUUUUCGGAGAUUAGGUCAUGAGGAAAACAGUACAGCUGAGUUGGUCAUCCCAGAACCAUAUCCAGAUCCAGCAAAAAAGAGGACUCACUUGGUGAUUCUGGGAGCUCUCCUGUUGUUCCUUAGUGUAACCCUGACAAUCAUCUCCUGUCUAAAAAGAGAUGUGAGAAUGAUGGAUGUGGAAAAAUGUGGCACCCGAGAUAUGAACUCAAAGCAGCAAAAUGAUACACAAUUUGAGGAGACGUAAUCCGACGUUGAAACUUCUGAUCUUAAAGCAGGGAUUCUCAGCCUGUGGUUUGAGUUCGUCAGGGUUAGGCAUGGCCAGAGGCAUGCAAUGGGCCAGUGGGCUGCAGAUGAUGUAGUACUUAAAAGGCCCAAGCUCUGAAAAUGGAAGCUGGGAAAGAAGAGGAGAACAAAGGAAGAAGGAGUAAAAAAGGUAGCCUUAGCCUGGAAGGAAACCUUGAUACUUCAAAAUAACUAGGAGACUCAUCAAUGCAUAUGAAAAGGAGAAAGGACACUUCUGAAUGAUAUAUCUCCAUGCAAAUUAUCCAUCACUCAUCCUAGGAAAACAGGUUGAGAUUCCCUGAUCUAAUGGUCAGUUCCUGCAGAAGUGCCCUUUGCCUUCACUCAGUGUUGAUUUGUCUUCUGGGUAAUUGAGAGUCCCAGUGUU